AUGGGCAAAAACAAGACAAAGGCAAACAAGAAACAACAACAACAAAACAAGGUGGCACCAACACCAUCCGAGGAAACCAUCACCCUCACGGAAAUCACCACGACCACCACCGAUAAGAUGGUGGAUGAUGAUGAAAUUACAACUUCCACUGCUAAUAAAACAACCACAACUACAGUAGCAAAUAAUAACACAAAGAAGAAGGGAAGUAAACGUAAACAAGCAGAGAAGGAUGAUGGUAAUACCACCACCAACAGCACCACGAAUACGACCGAUUCCAACACGAACGGAUCCGAUGAAGCUUCUCUUGAAUCUCUCUCUAAAAAACCAAAGAAGGAAAUUAAUGACACUGAGGAAUAUAUCAAUGCGACUCAAGAUCCAACCUUUCUUACCAAAAUUUCUUCCAAUUCUUCCAAAGUCUACAAGAAUACAUUACUGGUUUCCAAUUUAGCACUUUCUGUUGAUGAAAUUAUUCUCAAUGGAUGCAUGAAUGAAAUUGCCGAGGACACUGCAACUCCUGGUCAAAAAGUGAAACGAAUUCUAAUUUUCCAAAAGAAUAUUUCAGGAAAGGAUUCUGAAAUGUUGGCCAAUCAUGCAUUGAGAAAUGCUCAGAGAAAUAACAAUCAACCACAACAACAACAAUCAUCUGCAACUGCAACCUUGACAGGUCCAAAAUCUGCCAUUGUUGUUUUUGAAAAGGACAUUGAGAAUCCUCAUGUCUUUGAAGACUACAACGGAGCUAUCAUUGAAGGUCUUCCAAUUCAUAUUCGCCAUGCAUGUGAGAACGACAAGGCUUGUUUGAUGGUUGUGAAAGGUUCUCCAAUCACUGAAGAAGAAUUGUGGUCCUACGUGGAGGAAUGUGGAAGUCUUGUUUCGAUAGAGAGUUCAAAGAGCAAUAAGAAUCAAUUCUUGAUUCAUUUCAAGGAUUGGGAAAGUGUUCGUGAAUGUCUUUUAUAUAACGGAGCUGACGUUCAUGGAGCUCCAUGCAGAAUUUUUGCUUGCAUGUUCCCUGCACCAUCUAACGCACAAUCAUCAAGAGGUGGUGGUGGAAAUAAGGGAUAUCAAAAGAAAGGUCAAAAGAAGUAA